UUUUUUUUUUUGGAUACAGGUCUGAAGCUCAUUACUGUGGAUCGCCCUUUUGCUGAGAAGCACUAUGCAGAUUUAUCUGCUAAGCCCUUCUUUAACGGGCUUGUUGAGUACAUUAUAUCUGGCCCUGUUGUUGCAAUGGUUUGGGAGGGUAAGAAUGUAGUCACUACCGGUAGGAAGAUCAUUGGUGCUACCAACCCUGCAGAAUCUGCUCCCGGUACCAUCCGUGGUGAUUAUGCCAUAGACAUUGGCAGGAAUGUCAUUCACGGCAGUGAUGCAGUAGAGAGUGCAAGGAAAGAGAUUGCUCUAUGGUUUCCUGAAGGAAUAGCUGAAUGGAGGAGCAGCCUUCACCCCUGGAUCUACGAGUAAAUUUCUUUCUUGAGUUGAGCUAGCAACUCCAUGUAUGACUCAUUUUUUAUGAUUAUAGUGGCUGAAAGUUACUAUCUCCAUCAUAAUUUGUGCUUUUAGACAUGUUUUAAGAAUGAUAUGGAUUGGCUAUUGAGAAUGCUUUCUAUCACAGUGCAAAAUUAAACCGUCUUUCUUAAGUAUGAUUUAUGUCCAAGAUCAGGUUUUAUAUGCA